AUGGCAUGUCUACAUGAUACCCGCACUCCCUCACCCUCCUUUGCCAGCCUUUUGUCAGAUGGACCGAUAAGACGCCUGGACACUGAUACACCACCUGGCUGCACCCCAGAACAAGAACUGACCCCCACACAAUGUGUAUUGCGUGAUAUGGUGCGAACAGAAGUCACACUUCCAAAUGAUGAUUCUUCAUCUCCCCUUACGCACAGUGUACCCCAAGAUCCACAAGAACCUGAGGACAGAGGUGGUGGGGGUGCAGCAGGCGGUCCCGGAGAUGAUAGACCAUGUCGCGCACUUGGAGACAGCCGCAUGCAAUGUCAGGCUGGGGUUGGGUUCUUGGGUGGACUUUUUGGCUGUCUGAGGCCGGUUUGGGCUAUGAUUGGCAAAACGUAUUCAACUGAGCACAAGCAACAUGAAGAUUCCUGGGAAGUCCCCUUUGAGGAGAUUCAGGAUCUGCAGUGGGUGGGCAGUGGUGCCCAAGGUGCUGUCUUCCUGGGAAAAUUUCAUGGUGAAGAAGUUGCUGUGAAGAAAGUUAGAGAAAUAAAAGAGACAGACAUCAAACACCUCCGGAAACUGAAGCAUCCCAAUAUCAUCACCUUUAAGGGUAUCUGUACCCAGGCUCCUUGUUAUUGUAUCCUAAUGGAAUUCUGUGCCCAAGGUCAGUUGUAUGAAGUUCUGCGUGCCGGAAGAAAAGUCACUCCUUCUUUAUUAGUGGACUGGUCCAUGGGUAUCGCUGGAGGAAUGAACUACCUGCAUCUCCACAAAAUUAUCCACCGAGAUCUUAAGUCACCAAACAUGUUGAUCACAUAUGAUGACCUGGUAAAAAUCUCAGACUUUGGUACAUCUAAAGAGUUGAGUGACAAGAGCACUAAAAUGUCCUUUGCGGGAACCGUAGCCUGGAUGGCGCCGGAGGUCAUACGAAAUGAACCUGUCUCUGAAAAGGUAGACAUCUGGUCUUUUGGUGUGGUGCUGUGGGAACUCCUGACUGGGGAGAUACCCUAUAAAGAUGUGGACUCCUCAGCUAUUAUUUGGGGUGUUGGCAGCAAUAGUCUACAUCUUCCUGUACCAACAAGUUGUCCAGAUGGAUUUAAGCUUCUACUACGACAGUGCUGGAACAGCAAACCAAGGAAUCGGCCUUCAUUUAGGCAAAUCCUGCUGCACCUAGAUAUUGCCUCUGCUGAUGUCUUAUCCACCCCACAGGAAACCUACUUCCAAUCUCAGGUGGAGUGGCGGGAGGAAGUGCGACUUCAUUUUGAGAAAAUAAAAUCAGAAGGGACCUGUUUACAACGUUUAGAAGAGGAGUUGAUAUCACGCCGCCGCGAGGAGCUCCGACAUGCCCUGGAUAUUCGAGAACAUUAUGAGCGCAAGUUACAAAGAGCAAACACAUUGUACGUGGAACUGAAUUCCCUCAUGCUGCAGCUGGAAUUGAAGGAGAGGGAAUUGCUAAGGAGAGAACAAAUCGUUGAUAAGAAAUAUCCUGCCAUUCUGCGUCAGCAGCCUCGGCCAUCCAGCACUAUGGAAAAACUGAUUAAAAAAAGAAAUGUGCCACAGAAACUAUCUCCACAUGGAAAGAGACCAGACAUUUUGAAAUCUGAAGCCCUCCUACCUAAAGGGGACUCUGUCCUGUCUCCAUCAACUCCAACUAGCUGCCAGAAACUGCCUCCUUCUCCAGGAAGAGGCCGACGUGGAAAGCCACGUUAUCGAAAAGCAAAAGAAAUGGUCAACUUUAGGGCAGCAGUGACUCCAGAGCCAACUCCUCAGAGCCAACCACCUCCACGUGACCCACAUCCUUUAUCUUCUUCAAGUCCAGAUCUGCUAUGUACCCCUCUGGAGGCAGAGGCUCGUAGAGAGAGCCAAAGUGCAGAAUGCUCUCCAGUCCGUUCGUUGCCUGGACCACCAAGCCCCGAAUCCCCAUCCGGGAAGCCAACUGGAAGCAGAUCAGCUAGAGGGGGGCAACACUUGACACCAGCAGCAAUGCUAUAUAGAGCAGCUGUUACUAGAAGCCAGAAACGAGGUGUGUCAUCAGAGGAGGAAGAAGGCGAGGUGGAUAGUGAACUGGAGCUGGAAAGGAGACAAAGGUGGCAGGCAGAGAUGUCUCAGCAUCAGUCUCCCAGCUCAGAAAACUUGUCAGAUGGUGAAGAAGGGAACACCACAGAUCUGUCCCACAGUGUCACUCCAGAUGUGCUCAGCACCAAUACAGAUGAGCGCCCUGAUGAGCGCUCUGAAGAUCUUGUUUCUCAAAGUUCGGAACCUCCUCUGGAUCUUCUGACCCAGUCUGAUGGGCUCUCUGAAAAAGAGGCUGUUGUCCAGAAGGUGAAAUCUCAGCUCAGCAAUGAACAAACCGCAGGAGAGAAUAUUGGUCUGUACGAUGACUCCGACUGUGACAGCACCGAACUUGACCAUUCGCUGGCUGCAACAACUUCAUGA